AUGCAAAACGAAUCGUUGGCUCUGGUGCCUUGCUGGGAAGCGUCUGAGAAGCUGGAAUAUGGAGCCAGGACGAUACGAGGCAAAAUCACUAAACUUCUGCCAGAAUUCCUCUCAGAGAUUCCUCUUGUGGACACUCACCCACACUCUGCUUCUCGUACAGCUAAGCCAGUGGACUGGGAGGAGGUGCUGUCGUGUCUUGAGGUGGAGCGCAGUGUUGGAGAGGUGGACUGGGCUCAGCCUGGCUCCUGUGGCGGCAUGGCCAUGCUGGAGUCCUUCAUUGACCAACGGCUGCGUCUCUUUGCCACUCACAGAAACAAUCCCAACUUUGAUGCCCUCAGCCAUCUCUCCCCAUGGAUCCACGCCGGUCAGUUGUCUGCUCAGCGUGUGGUGAAGCAGGUCAAACGAGAAAAGAACGCCAGCGAGUCUGUGCUGUCUUUUACCGAGGAGCUGGUGGUGCGCCGGGAGCUCGCCGACAACUUCUGCUUCUACAACCACAACUAUGACAACAUUUCAGGUGCGUAUGAUUGGGCGAAGAAGACUUUGCAGGAUCACGCUAAGGACUGCAGACAGUACCUUUACACAAAAGAGCAGCUGGAGAACGCCAAGACCCAUGACCAGCUGUGGAACGCUGCACAGCGUCAGCUGGUGUUAGAAGGGAAGAUGCAUGGGUUUCUGCGCAUGUACUGGGCAAAGAAGAUCCUGGAAUGGACUGCAUCUCCUGAAGAAGCCCUCUCUAUUGCUAUAUAUCUGAAUGACCAUCUGUCUUUAGACGGCUGCGAUCCCAACGGAUAUGUGGGUUGCAUGUGGUCCAUCUGUGGCAUCCAUGACCAGGGCUGGGCAGAGAGGUCCAUCUUUGGCAAAAUUCGCUAUAUGAAUUAUGCUGGCUGCAAGCGGAAGUUUGAUGUGGCUCAGUUUGAGAGGAAGUACGCUGCUGUAAAGGAGACCUCCAAGAAAUCUGUCUAGUUUCGUUGGUCAAAUUCUGAAAAUCUACUGACUGACAUAACAUUUCAGUUCUCAUUGUUUGUACUUGUUUUAAAGGGACUGUAUUUAAGGGGAUUUUUUUUUCUGGCAGACAUUUUUCUGUAGUAAGGGGAAGAUUAUUAAUAAGAUGCUAUAUUUGUUAUGUUGUUUGUUGGUAUAAAGGCUAUUGUCUGUC